AGGGCGGGGCGAGGAUUGGGCCCCGAGGUUGAUGCGAGUUUCGUGGAGGCGGUCAUGGCUUGUGGCUUCCGCAGGUCCAUCGCCUGUCAGCUUUCCAGAGUGUUAGAUCUUCCACCAGAAAACUUGAUCAAGUCAAUAUCUGCAGUUCCAAUUUCCAGAAAAGAAGAAGUAGCUGAUUUUCAGCUCUCUGUGGAUUCUCUAUUGGAAAACAACAAUGACCAUUCAAGACCAGAUAUUCAAGUACAAGCCACAAGACUGGCAGAGAAGCUAAAAUGUGAUACAGUGGUGAGCGAAAUCAGCACUGGUCAAGGGACUGUAAAUUUCAAAAUUAACAGAGAACUAUUAACAAAGACAGUACUACAACAAGUAAUCAAUGAUGGCUCAAAAUUUGGAUUAAAAAGCGAGCUUUUCUCUGGUCUUCCCCAGAAGAAGAUCGUGGUUGAAUUCAGUUCACCCAACAUUGCCAAAAAAUUUCAUGUUGGACAUUUGCGUUCUACCAUCAUAGGAAAUUUUAUAGCAAAUCUCGAAGAAGCAUUAGGACAUCAAGUAACCAGAAUAAAUUACCUUGGAGAUUGGGGCAUGCAGUUUGGUCUUCUGGGAACUGGCUUCCAGCUGUUUGGCUAUGAAGAAAAACUUCAGUCCAAUCCUUUACAGCAUCUCUUUGAAGUUUAUGUACAAGUUAAUAAAGAGGCAGCAGAUGAUAAAAAUAUAGCAAAAUCUGCACAUGAGUUCUUCCAGCGAUUAGAACUGGGUGACACGCAAGCACUUGCACUGUGGCAGAAAUUUCGGGACCUCAGCGUAGAAGAAUACGUGCGGAUUUACAAGCGUCUAGGAGUACACUUUGAUGAAUACUCUGGAGAAUCGUUUUAUCGUGAAAAAUCUCAAGAAGUCUUGAAGUUGCUGGACAGUAAAGGACUCCUACAGAAAACAGUACGAGGAACAGCUAUAGUGGAUCUUUCUGGGAAUGGUGACCCCUCCUCAGUCUGUACCGUAAUGCGGAGCGAUGGGACUUCUCUCUACGCAACCAGAGAUCUUGCUGCUGCUAUAGAUCGAAUGGACAAGUACAAUUUUGAUGCAAUGAUUUAUGUGACAGAUAAAGGGCAAAAAAAACAUUUUCAGCAAGUGUUCCAGAUGCUGCAGAUCAUGGGAUAUGACUGGGCAGAAAGGUGCCAGCACGUGCCCUUUGGAGUGGUGCAGGGAAUGAAGACUCGAAGAGGAAAUGUUACUUUUCUGGAAGAUGUUCUAAAUGAGAUUCGAUCGAGGAUGCUCCAGAACAUGGCUUCUAUUAAGACCACCAGAGAACUGGAGAACCCACAGGAGACUGCAGAGAGGGUUGGACUCGCCGCACUCAUUAUUCAGGACUUCAGAGGUUUACUCUUAUCUGACUAUCAGUUCAGCUGGGAUCGUGUUUUCCAGAGUCGUGGGGACACAGGCGUCUUCUUGCAGUACACGCAUGCCCGCCUCCACAGUUUGGAAGAGACUUUUGGAUGUGGUUAUCUAAAUGAUUUCAACACUGCUUGUUUACAAGAGCCACAGUCUGUUUCCAUUCUCCAGCAUCUUCUCAGGUUCGACGAGGUGCUUUAUAGAUCAUCUCAGGACCUUCAACCCAGGCACAUUGUCAGUUAUCUUCUAACUCUAAGUCAUCUUGCAGCUAUGGCACACAAGACACUGCUUAUAAAAGACAGUCCUCCCGAAGUGGCUGGGGCCAGACUUCAUCUUUUCAGAGCUGUGCGUUCUGUCCUAGCCAAUGGAAUGAAACUUCUUGGAAUAAUACCUGUAACUCUUACUGCAUGAACUUGGGAAUGGAAUAGAUUUGAAUGACAAGGAAUUACUUGUACACAUAUUAUACUAGGAUCUUUUUAUAAAAAUUUGUCCCAUCAGUUAAACCAUAAUUUGAAAUGGAAUUUCUUAAGCCAUCUCUUUCGUGUACCUGCAUAUUGGUCAGGGAUAUUUUGUGUGAUUUGUUCAGGUAACAUAAGUUGAUGCGGUCUGUUCAGUCAGUAUGGCCAUCCUCAUCUGCCAGUAUUUCCAUUCAGACUGCUAUCAUUUAUCGUAAAUGCUGCUACUAGAAGUCUUCUGAAUAUUAGUGACAAUCUACUUUUACGAAUAGAGAAGGAAAUUAUCAUGAACCAACACUUCUGUAGUUGAAUGAAGAUAGUUUUAUAUUGGCAAGUGGUACACCUUCUUAGUCCUAGAAAAGACUCAUCCACGCAGUCUCAAUUUUAAAUAUGUAGCUUCCAGAUUACUAAUUUUUACUCAAAGUAUCAUUAUUUCCUUAGCACAAACCAGCCACGGAAUAAAAAUGUACAAUUGGGACAUGUUUUUCAUGUCCUGUAUCCUUCUCCACUUGUUUGGAGAUCAUAUCCAGAUCUGUGGUAGCCACCUCAUUUGAAUUCACCCCUCUGAAUCUUGAGUGAAAUGACAUUAGGGACAGUGAAGAUUAGGGCCUAGUGUCUGCAGAAGCAGCUCCCUGAAAAGACUGUACAUUAUCUCCUGCAGCCUAGAGCCCUACUGCCCCGAUUGCCGUCCUUAUAAACUCCGGUUUUCACUGACGAAGACCAGCCCAGAGUUGGUUUAUAUGCAACCAAAGAACCCUAAAAUUCCAACACAGAAAAAAUGAAAAAUUUAAUAUUUUUGGUUGUUUUACAUUUUGCAUUAUCUUAAUGGUUAUAAUCACAAUACAAAAAGUGAUACAGAUUUCAUAUAAAUAAAUUAAGUUUAUUGCUGAAUUUUCCCAUUAACAUUAUAGAAAAUUUUUUAAAAACACGGAAAUUUCACAAAUUGACAGCCCAAUAGUUUUAAACAUACUGUAUAAAAAAAAGUACAAAAGUGACAUUAGAAAUAUUUUUUGAAGAAAAGUAGAUCAUCUAACCGCAAAGAAACAUGAAUCCAGACAAUGAAUGGCACAAAUACAGCACUUACAGGAGUAUACAUUCACCACCUAGAAGUCAUUGUCCGCAUUAUGAAAUAGAUUCAGUUUGAGAAGUUACACAUUCAGUUUGCUUCUGAACUAGCCUAUCUUGGUUUUGCCUGUCUUUUGUAAGAAAAGAGCUAGGUCAUUACUGCUGCUGGGAUGAAAUACUGUACAUGAAUUGGAGAACAAGGAGGGUAUGGUCCUUCUCCCCUGGUACCAGAACAAGAAAACAGUUCGUACAGAAAUGGCUUUGGCACUUGAAC